CACCGCCCGCCCCGCCCCAUCCCCCGGCUCGCCCGGGGCAGCUGGAAGCGGUCAUAAGGCCACGCCGCCCGCGCUGCCACCGCGCCCGGGCGGCGGCACUGGGAGCCCGGGCAGCGCCGCUACUGCAGCCCCGCAGCGAGCGCUCGGCCAGGAGAUUUCAGCUGUCCUAAGACAAAAGUUCUGCAGAUAUGACCUCUUCUCAAGUGACUUUUGAAGUAAAAGGAACAGCAGAACCAGGAGAGGUUUUUGCAAUAUGUGGGAGCUGCAGUGCUUUGGGAAAUUGGAAUCCACAAGUUGCUGUGGUCCUCCAGACUAUUGAUCGUCAGUCAUGGAAAGUUACUGUAGAGCUUCCUAGAGGAGUUCCUGUUCAGUAUCGAUAUUUUAAAGGAUACUUCCUAGAACCUAAGACUAUCGAUGGUCCCUGCGAAGUCAUAGUUCACACGUGGGAGACUCAUCUGCAACCACGAUCAAUUACCCCUUUAGAAGAUGAAAUUACUGUUGACGAUGGUUUCUUUGGAAUCCAUAAUGGUAUUGAAACUGUGGAUGCUGGGUGGCUGACAUGUCAAACAGAAAUAAGAUUACGUCUGCAUUAUUCUGAGAAACCACCUGUACUGAUAUCUAAGAAGAAAUUUAAAACAUCAAGGUUUAGGGUUAAAUUGACCCUAGAAGGCCUAGAGGAAGAUGAGGAUGAUGAAGAGGGCCAAGAGAAAACAUCCCCUACUGUACCUCAGAAAAUGGCAAACACUGUGGAGUUCUCCUUAAUAAGUAAUAAUGACUAUAAAUGUCGACACACUCAGCCAGACUGUGGUUAUGCCUUGCAGCCAGACCGAUGGAUAGAAUACACAAUACAAACCAUGGAGCCUGAUAACUUGGAAUUAAUCUUUGAUUUUUUUGAGGAAAAUUUAGGUGAGAAGGUAGUACAAGGUGAUGCGCUCCCAGGCCAUGUAGGUUCUGCCUGCCUCCUGUCAUCAACAAUUGAAGAACUUGGGAAGAGUGCUGGAAUUAUUACACUUGCUAUUAUGAGCAGAAACCCAAGGAAGACAAUUGGAAAAGUUAGAGUGGACUACAUAGUUAUUAAACCGAUCCAGGGAUACACUUGUGAUAUGAAGGCUUCAUAUGCAAAAUAUUGGAAACCAAGAACAACUCUAGAUGUUGGACACAGGGGAGCAGGAAACUCUACAACAACAGCUAAACUUGCUAAAGUUCAAGAGAACACCAUUGCCUCUCUGAGGAAUGCUGCUAGUCAUGGAGCAGCAUAUGUGGAAUUUGAUGUACAUCUUUCUAAAGACCAUGUGCCUAUUGUAUACCACGAUCUCACAUGUUGCAUGGCCAUGAAAAAGAAACUGGAUACAGAGCCUUUGGAACUGUUUGAGAUUGCAGUCAAAGAACUUACAUUUGAUCAACUGCAGUUAUUGAAGCUGGCUCACGUGACUGCCCUGAAAGUAAAAGAUCAGAAUGCAUCUUUUAAAGAGGAAGAAAACUCUGCUUUUGAGACCCAGCCAUUUCCUUCACUGCAAAGAGUCCUGGAGUCUGUUUCUGAAGAUGUUGGGUUUAACAUAGAAGUAAAAUGGAUCUCCCAGCAAAGGGAUGGACAGUGGGAUGGCAACUUGUCAACUUACUUUGAUAUGAACCUUUUUCUAGAUAUUAUUCUAAAAACUGUUUUGAUGAAUGCUGGAAGAAGAAGAAUUGUAUUUUCUUCUUUUCAUGCAGAUGUUUGUACAAUGAUUCGGCAUAAGCAAAACAAGUAUCCUGUGUUAUUUCUCACCCAAGGAGAAUCCAAACUCUAUCCAGAGCUUAUGGACCUUAGAUCUCGCACAACUCCAAUUGCCAUUACUUUUGCACAGUUUGAAAACUUACUGGGAAUUAAUGUGCAUUCUGAAGAUCUGCUGAGGAAUCCAUCGUUUAUUAAACGGGCCAUAUCUGAGGGCUUAGUUAUUUUUUCAUGGGGCGAUGAUGCAAAUGACCCAGACAACAGGAAGAAGUUGAGAGAAUAUGGUGUUCAUGGGCUGAUAUAUGACAGAGUUGGCCAAAACAAUGUAGCCAGUUGUGAAGAUGGCAGAAACACUGUGUCCUGAAUACCAAAAGUUGGUGAUAUCAAGCACGGGGCAAAAAAAAAAAAAAAUGCAGGUAGGGGGUUCUGACUUUGCUUUGCAUGAAGAAAAGCUGCAAGACUAAAUCUGGGAAGCUUACAAAUGCCAACAAUAUUAAAAGAAUGAUCUCACUGGGGCAGAGGAAAGAACACACACAUCUCUCUCCCCCCAUCCAGUCCUUUCUCCACUUGGGCUGCAGGUUAUUAGAUAUACCCAAAGACAUUACACCAAAUGGAUGUUCUGGUGCUGUUGCUGGGAUGAUACUCUACUAUUUUCCUGUGGUUCAACUGGUUUCAUCUCAGUGUUUAAAGUAACCAAAUUCCUUAUAUUAAAAGGACAAUCUACAGAAAGGUGCCACCUCUGCCUUCAGGCUUUUAUUUGGGCCCUUAUACAGAAGAAUACUUUAUGUGCAUGACUGGGUAUAUUCUGUCUACACAGAAAUCUCAUCCUUAAAAUGCUCUAUUAGUCUGAUGUUUAGAUUUUAAUUAGAGAAGAAACUUUAACUUAUUGUAGUGAAAUUCUCUGGCUUGGCAAAAAAUGAUGAAUUUUAAAGCAGGAUUUGUGGGGUGAUUUAUCUGGUAUUUUUCUCCUGGGUAAGCUUUGUAAACAGUCCAGGAAAUACUUAACUCAGUAAAAGCAAUGCAGUCUUAUGUUUUUACACCUGUUGGCUGUAUAUUAAAUACCAACGUGGAGAGGGGCUGGGUGCUAACCUACACUUGCAUUGUCUUUUUUUUCAUUCACUUUACAUGAUCUGAAUUUUGUUUGUUGAAUAAUACGCACAACUGCAUAAAAAUGCUAAAUCAGUAAUUCUUACGCUGAGAGCUUUUCCAUGAGAGCUUUCUUAGGCUGCAUGUUGCAUUUGUGGACUCUGGACGAAAGCUCUGUGCUUGAUUGGUAUUAGUAACUUCCCAAAAUUGAACACAAAUUUAGCUGGCAAUCAAGGCAAAAGCAUUCCAAACACUUCUCAAAAGCAGAAGACUGUCUAAAUCUGCGCUGCCCUGUUUGCCUGAAACUGCAUGUUACUUAAAAUACAGCAUGGAUAUAUGAAGGAUCUGCACUACUAUUAGUUGAUUUAUAAUUUAACCUGCUCAGUGAUUAAGAUGUUACGCAAUGGCAAUCUAAGUCUUCCCUAUUUUGUGAAUUGCAAAUUAAACUAAACUCGAGUUUACCUUGAUGCAAAGAAAAAUGAAGAGUUUUAAUCAAAAGCUUCCCAAAAUCUCUUUAGCAUGAAAACAGUUUUUCAGUGCUGAUGACUUUUGUCUCAUGUGUGUUUUCAGAGGUUGCAGAAACACCUGACAGGAGCUAAACACAUCAGUUUUACAUCCACUGCAUGAUCCUGUAAUGUCCUGCAAGUCUUUUGUAGAAAGUGCUUAUUUUAAAAAGUAAUUUUUAAAGGAUUCUUCCCACUCUUCUGUGGAGCUUGCUCAUUAAUAGGAAGUUGAAUGGAGGAACUUUGGUGCAUAGCUACUUACGAAUAAGUGUCCUGUUGAAGAAUGAAGGAUAGGGAGAUGUUACUUAUUUUGAUGUAAUUAAAUAAUUAAUUGAGAGACAUCCUGAAACAGUGCUCUGUUUUUGCAAACUGGUGGCUUACUUUCAUGGCCCCGAACGAAAAGUGAGGACAAGAAAUUCUGAAUCACAAGCUGUGCUUCAAAGUGUCUUCUCUGCUUUUGGUUUGGAAGAAACACCCUAUACACAUUGGAGCAGACUGGCUCUGGUGAACAGGUUCAAAGGAGUUUGGAGGGUUGGAUUCCUCCAAAAUGCCAAUUGAAAAGAACUUAAUAUGAAGCAAGAAUUGGAGAAUUUAUGCUGUAGUAAAGAACUAAUAAAAUACCUGCCAGAAGCCGCUUAGAAACAUGCUUAGCCAUGUUCUAGGAACAAAGUGCUUAGAAAUGUGCUUUUGCUCUUCUAAUGUCUAACUGAUGGGAAGGACUUGAGGUUCUUAGUCCCUAAAGUGUAUUACUUGUAUAGAAAACUGUCUUCUAGUUUCAGUGCUUUGCCUUGAAUGCAUAGAGAAAUUCAUAAUGUGUAAACUGACAAGAAAGCACAGGUCUUACCUGCAUCCUGGAAAGAAGGCAGGGCUUUUGUUUUGCAGAUAGCUUCCAUAAGGCAAUUUUGGGUUAUAUCUUAGGCCUGUGUUGGAUUAUAGGUGCUGUGCAAGUAAUUGAACUGCUAUGCCUUCUAUUUGAAUUUCGUAAAAACAGACAGCAUUUAUCCUCACUCUGAGGAGUUUUCGUCACAGAAAUUGUCUGUAGAGAGUGUGAUCCGUAUCAAUAUUUCCUGUAGAAGUGUUUCCUUAUUUGAAUUCUGUUACUAUAUCGGUCUUUGAGCUGCAUUUUGUUUUGGAUGUCUCAGAGUUGCCAGCAGUUCACAAGUUGUCUUGUUGGGGUAAAAAGGCACCUUGCUUGCACUCUGUCAUACAGCACUCUGUUACUCUGAUUUGUGACACUGCAUUCCUUUUGGACAUACCUUGAAAACUUAUGAAGGACAAAGGAUGAUGAAAUAAAACCAAACUAAUUUCUUGAAGGAAUCAUAAGGAAAGGUAUGAAUAUUCAUAAAAGACUAAGGUGGAAGCCAUGGUGAUUUCUUCCAGAAGUUUUCAUUUGAAGGAGAUAAACCUGGAGAUGUGCAAUACCUGAAAUUGUAUAUGCACAACUGGAUGCCCAGAAGGAAAUUUUGGAUAGAAAUAACGUGCUGAUAUUAGAAAUUACUGUUGGGAGAUCAGGUGUUGUACCAUAGUUCGGUUACAGGAACAUGAAUGCUUUUGUUUUAUAAUGAAUUACACCAAAAUAAUGUUAGGAUUAUGCUCAGUGUCACUGUCAGACUCAAAAUGUGUGUUGGAUUUUGUGUGAGGUGACAUUUUAAAUCCUGCAGGUUUGCUUACAUGUGUGAAAACAAGAAAUUGAAAUGAGGAUAGACUAUUUGAAAUAGUGUAGAUAGUUAAUUUACAUUAGGUAUGAAGAAAGAUCAGAUUUUCUGGUUUUCACUCUUGACCUAAUAUUGUUAUGGUAAUUCAAGAGAGGUGGUUCUGAACUGGGGGGAGGUGAAAUACUCCUUGAAACAGUAAGCAUAAACUCCUUUCAGUGUGAUAUACAAGUAGUAUAUCAGUCUGUUCAAAUAAUCUCAGGGCUCUGAAAUUUCUUAUGCUUUUAAGUUUGAAGUCUGGAACACUGAUCUUACUGUUUUGUGCCACCUGUAAAAUCACGUUUUUUCAGGAGAUGAAGUAAGUAAAUGCCAGUGGGGAGCUUUUCAGUAUAUCCAAUGAAAUACUAAUCAGUCUGUGUAAAAGGAAUACCAUUCUAUAUUGCAAGAUGAACAGCAAAACUUUGGAUACUAACCUCAAACAAACUGUCCUUAUAGACUUACCAAUACCUAACACCCCCCCCAGCUGCUUUAUCUAGUGUACAUUUCUGUCAGCUGUC